AUGUCCAAGCCAUGGAUUUUCGUCUCGCCCUCAAACAGAGGAAUAGGGCACGCACUCACACGCCACCUCCUGCGGACAACAACCUUACCCAUCAUCGCAACAGCACGCGCAGACACGUCCAGGGUUAAAGACUCCAUCCUCAGCUCCUCAAACUCAGACCACAUAGAGUACGGGCCGCGCCUACAUGUGAUGCAACUGGACGUGACAGACGAAUCCUCAAUUGAGGCCGCAUCCUCAAAAGCAGCAGAACUCUUCCCACCGAGGACGCAUCACCUGCACCUCGGCUUCGCGCUGCCAGGCAUCUUGCACCCGGAGAAGAGCCCCAAACAGGUGCAUUACGAAGGCGCGCUCGAGACGCUGAAAGUGAACACCCUCGGCCCGCUCAUGCUCAUGAAGUGGUUUGGGGAGUUCUUGCCGAGGAAGGGGACGGACCUCUCACAGUUGCGGUCGCAGGACGGGAGCCCGGCGGUGGGGGACGAGAUAUCCAGGCUCCCUCAGCACGCCACAUGGCUCACGAACUCGGGGCGCGUGGGCUCUACGUCGGAUAACAGACUUGGCGGAUGGUACAGCUAUCGCGCAUCGAAAGCGGGUGUCAACAGUAUCACCAAGAGCUUCGAUCUGUACCUGCAGACGCGCAGCGCCGAGAAGGCUGUCGCCAUGGCGUAUCAUCCAGGCACGGUGAAGACGGGCCUGAGUGAGGAGUUUUGGGGGAAUGUGCGCGAGGGUAAGCUGUUUAGCCCCGAGUUCGCUGUCGAGAAGAUGCUUGAGAUGGUGGCAGGGAGGAAAGCCAAGGAUAGGGGUAGGUGUUGGGAUUGGAAGGGUGAGGAGGUAUUGCCAUGA